AUGAACUCCUCCGAAAGUAAAGUGCAAAACGACAGCAGCGAUAUGCGUUUAAACAUAAUAUCGAAAUUAGAUGCCGCCAAAACUUUACUAGACCUUAGCGGACAAGUCUACCAUUUUAACGCUUGUGACACCUGGACUCGCGUAACUGACGAAACAGAAGAGCCUUUGUUAAAAAGGUACGAGCUAGAAGGACUAGUCCCAACAAAAAAUGAUAAUCGUUCACUUGAAAUCGAGAAGUUGGAUAAAAUAAUUAAAGGCCUUUUAAAAAAAAUUGAGUGUCUGCAAUCGCAAGUCCAUUCAAUGUCCAAUGAGCUCGAUGCAAUGGAGUUACGUUCUAAAAAGCAUAAAAAAAGCUAUCCCAAGACAAAAAUAAAAACUGUGAACCAAAUGAGCGGAGAAAUGGUGUCUAUAGGAGACGGCAAUGCUGUGGUGCCAGCUAAGCUUUUGAAAAACAUGAACUGGUCUUCUUACACCAAUUCCACAAGAAAAUUGUUAACAGCAGUUUUUCCUCGCAACGUUCUUGCAACCCACUCUCUGACUGGAAAGCGUUCUCCGGCGUUUCCCAACAAAGCUGCCAAAAAGAUACUGGAGCCAGCCCUUGUCAACGACAUUGUGCAGACCGUGGUGGAACGGUGCAAGGUACCAGAAAAUCUUGUAAGGACGAGCAUAACCACAAAAUGUGCGGACGAAAGCAAAAGAGUGCGCAACGCAAAAGUAGAUAAGAAAAAAAGGAAGACUUUAAAGAAAGAAAAUAUUUCGCCCCCCGAUGGCGCGGAGUCAGACUAG